AAGAUGUUUGCAACCGCAAUAAAACCACGAAGCAGAAGGAAGCUCCUGCAGAAGCUAGCAGCGCUGUAAACCAUCACCAGGCUGUGGAAACUUUCUUCUCCUCCUCAACAACUUGGUGGAGUUCUUUCCAGAACCAGAGAAGAUAUUCUGCGGUCUUCGUGACAAUCGGAGCUCCAGAAUCAGGUUGUGGAUUGAAGAGGUUCCCUCUAUCAGACUCGCUCAUCUGAGCUGGUCAUGAUGCAGGAUCGGUACUUCUGAAGGGAAAACCAAGAGGAUCUGGCUGCAAACAACAAGAUGACGGAAAUGGCGCUGGUUAAAGAAGAAGCUCCUGAAGAACCGAUUGCUGGCAUGGAUCAGCAAGACCCAGAACAUCUUCACAUAAAGGAGGAACAGGAGGAACUCUCGACCGGUCUGGAAGGAGAGCUGCUCCAAAUGAAAGAGGAGAAUGAUGUGGCAAGGGUUCCACUUACUACAGUUUCUAUAAAGAGUGAAGAUGCUGAAGAGAAACCUCUAUUUUCACAGCUUAAACAGGAGGGAAUAAAAGAUGGAAAUGUCCCAACCAGCAGCUCAGCUGACCAGAUGACAGUACAAACUUGUGGUGGAGCAGAAACUUGCAGGAGCCCAGAUCUGAACUCAUGUGAACACACAGAUACGUCAGAGACUGAAGUUAGUGGAGAGGAUGAAGAUGAUGAGGAUGUGAGCCUAGACUCCGAAAAGUCAGGCUUCUGGCCUGAAAGAGACGAUGAUUGGAAGAAGAGCAGGUCUUCUGACACAAAUGUUAAAACAGCCAACAAAUCCUUUAGCUGCCCUGAGUGUGGUGAACAAUUUCUCUGCAAGUGGUCCCUCCAGACACAUGUGACAGAGAUGGGUCAUUCAGCAGUAAUGUCUUCAGGCUGUUUGGUUAAUCAGAAAUGUGAUGGACAGAAGCAACAUGUAAACUUAUGCAGGAAAGUAAAACAAAAACUACAGUUAUUUAGUUGUGAUGACUGUGGAAAAAUAUUUAGGCGAAAAUCAAAUUUAAAUACACACAUGAGAGUCCACACAGGACAGAGACCUUUUGCUUGUGAGCUGUGUGGACAAAGGUUUAGCCAUAAGACAACUUUAAACAGUCACAUAAGAGUCCACACAGGGCAGAAGCCCUUUGCUUGUGAGCUCUGUGGAAAAAAAUUUAGGCAAAAGGCAAAUGUAGACCGACACAUGGGUGUCCACAAAGAACAGAAGCCUUUUGCUUGUGAGCUGUGUAAACAAAGAUUUAGCCAAAAGACAUCUUUAAACAUUCACAUGACAGUCCACACAGGACAGAAGCCCUUUUCUUGUGAGCUUUGUGGACAAAGAUUUGGCCAUAAGACGUCUCUAAACAAUCACUUGAGAGUCCAUACAGGACAGAAGCCUUUUGUUUGUGAGCACUGUGGACAAAGAUUUAGCCAAAAGGCAAGUUUUAACAGACAUAUGACUGUCCACACAGGACAGAAGCCUUUUGUUUGUGAACUCUGUGGACAAAGAUUUACCCGAAAGACAGCUUUAAUCAUACACACGAGACUCCACACAGGACAGAAGCCUUUUGCUUGUGAGCACUGUGGACAAAGAUUUACCCAAAAGACAACUUUAAGCAUACACAUGAGACUCCACACAGGACAAAAGCCUUUUGCUUGUGAGCUCUGCAGUCAAAGAUUUAGCCAAAAGGCAAGUUUUAAAAGGCACAUGAUUGUCCACACAGGACAGAAGCCAUUUGCCUGUGAGCUCUGUAGACAAAGAUUUAGCCAAAAGGCAAGUUUUAACAGACACAUGGGACUGCACACAGGACAUAAGCCUUUUUCCUGCGAGCUAUGUGAGCAAAAAUUUAGCCAAAAGACAAAUUUAAAAGUACACAUGAGAGUCCACACAGGACACAAUUAAGUAUUUUAACUACAAUAGUACUAAAACAUCCUAGAUAUCAGUCUUGUACUCCUGGUGAUAGUAGUUUUUCCUAGAUAGGGCUGCAUCCUACCCACGGACGACUUCUUUCUGGCUUGCGAGCCAUAUAUUAUGUUCUCCAAGCUGUAAAUGUUUAUCUAAUUCCUGUUUCUAUCAAGAGAUGGUGCAGUGGCAUAAACAGUGCCUCGCUCAUGAGCUGCAGCCUGAAGUGCUGCCCUGAGGUUUUAUCUUUGAAGAGUUGAAGUUAAUUUUAGCAUGGCAUGUAUACUCUGCUGUUAAAUGGUUUGUGCAUACACUUGCUUGUCUUUUACCACUGGUUUGUACUUGGUGAGUUGCAUGAAUAUAAGUACUGGUCUCUUCAGUUGUUUAUCCCAGUGAUUCCCAAACAAGCGCAUGCAUACUCUAUGUGAGCACAUCACUUGGUGUAUAAGGGAACAUUUGAUAUUUAAUUUCCCAAAUGAUUGGUAUCAGUCAUUUAACAGGAUUUGCUCUGCCCUGGAAAAAAAAAUAUUGGGAUAGGGUGUGUGGUGCUUAAACCCAAAUGUAUAAUGCAUGAUAUGAAUGUAUAUGGUUGUUAUGAUUUACAUUCAGCUGAACAAAAAGAAGAUGUAGGAUACCUCCAACUUUGUUUUGAUAUUGUCAACAAAUAGACAGUAAAGCAUCAUUUUACCUGCAGUUAUUCAAUGUUGAAGCAACUCUUUAACUUAUAUGAGCAAAAGAAAACAUGAAAACUGAUUAAAUUAAUCAGGACUCUGUAAAGCAAAAACAAAUGUUAUGUCUAUUGUUGCAUUUUUGAGUUCAAACUAUUCAUAAAUUUGUGUCUUCAUCACA